CAACAACAUGCUCUCUAGGUCUCUUGGUCAAUCCUCUCGCACUUGGCUUCGUCGUUUGCAGCCUGCACGUGCCUUCUCCAGCCAAGCUCCUACUGGAUACGUCUUUGCCUUGAGUGAAGAGCAAAAGUCGUUCCAAGAUCUCGCUCGCAAAUUUGCUCUUGAUGAAAUUAUCCCUGUUGCUGCAGAACACGACCGGACUGGAAAGUACCCCACAGAGGUUAUUAAGAAGGCUUGGGAGCUGGGACUGGUCAAUACCCACAUCCCUGCCGAGUACGGUGGUUUGGGUCUGGGUGUUUUAGACGGUGCCAUCGUGACUGAAGAAUUAGCUUUUGGCUGUUCUGGAAUCCAAACGGCGAUUGAAGCCAACGGCCUAGCUGAAGCUCCGCUUAUUGUUGCUGGUAACGACGAACAGAAGAAAAAAUAUUUGGGUCGCAUGACUGAAGAGCCCCUCAUGGCCUCUUACGGCGUUACCGAGCCUGGUGCCGGUUCGGAUGUGGCUGGUCUGAAGACGUCUGCUGUCAAGAAGGGCGACAAGUGGGUCAUCAAUGGACAGAAGAUGUGGAUCACCAACGCUGGUCACGCCAACUGGUUCUUCGUGUUAGCUCGCACAGACGCAACCGCCAGCACUGGCAAGGCGUUCACUGGAUUCAUCGUUGACGCUGAUACACCUGGUAUUCAAGUCGGUCGCAAGGAAAUCAACAUGGGUCAAAGAGCUUCCGAUACCCGUGGCGUCACGUUUGAGGAUGUGGUGGUGCCUGAGGAAAACGUGUUGGGCAGCGUAGGCCAAGGUUUCAAGAUUGCUAUGGGUGCUUUCGAUAUCACUCGGCCCUUGGUUGCCAGUGGCGCUGUUGGAUUGGCUCGUCGGGCCAUGGAAGAAGCCACCAAGUACUCAUUGGAGCGAAAGACCAUGGGCAAAGAAAUCUUCAACCACCAAGCCGUUGCCUUUAUGUUGGCUGAUAUGGCCAUUGGCAUUGAGAGUGCUCGUAUGAUGGUCUACAAGGCUGGAUACAUGCGUGAUCAAGGACAGCGAAACACCUGGUACGCCUCUAUUGCCAAGGCGCUUGCCAGUGAAGUGGCCAACAAGACAGCAGCCGAUGCCGUUCAAAUCUUUGGUGGUAAUGGUUUCAACACAGAAUACCCUGUGGAAAAACUCAUGAGAGAUGCAAAGAUCUUCCAGAUCUACGAAGGCACUUCACAAAUUCAACGUUUGGUUAUCUCUCGAGGUCUUGCUGAUAUGGUCAAGGCCGGACAGAGUGCUUUUGGCUCUGCUAAUAAUUAGGUUGGGGACUUGGGAUUAUUAUCCUCCUCCAAAUUGUAUUAUACUUUGAAAAACAACGAAACCAUAGCAUGGUUAGAGAACUAAACUAGGAAACCAAAAAGGAAAAAUCUAAUUGUGAUAACAAUAUUUCGCUGUGCUGUGUUGUGCUGAAAUCAGUGGGCGAGGGCAUAAUUUACAUGUUUAUAAAGAUUUGCGGUUUUAUAGAUAAGGACAGGAUAGGUUGAAAACGCAGGACAUUAUAAUUUACACAAGGUAUCCAAUACAGGUCGAGUCAUUUCACUCUUCGUCCUUCUUUGUAAAAUCCUUGUAAAAGAUGAUGGCAUCCACCAACUCGUCUGGGCUGUUCUUCAG